GCGGAGCCGGGCAGUACGGGCAGCGGACUGGGGGGCGCACGGGGCCCCCCGGGGAGGCCGCGGCCACUCCCCCCGCCCCGGGGCCGAGCGCGGCGGGGGAGGCGGGGAUGGAAACGCCCUUCUACGGUGAGGAGGCGCUGAGCGGCCUGGCUGCGGGUGCGUCGAGCGUCGCCGGUGCUUCUGGGGCCCCCGGUGGUGGUGGUGGCGGCGGCUUCGCGCCCCCGGGCCGCGCGUUCCCCGGGGCGCCUCCGACGAGCAGCAUGCUGAAGAAGGACGCGCUGACGCUCAGCCUGGCGGAGCAGGGAGCGGCGGGAUUGAAGCCCGGCUCGGCCACUGCACCUUCCGCGCUGCGCCCCGACGGCGCCCCCGACGGGCUGCUGGCUUCCCCGGAUCUUGGGCUGCUCAAACUUGCGUCGCCGGAGCUGGAAAGACUGAUCAUCCAGUCCAACGGGCUGGUGACCACCACCCCGACCAGUACGCAGUUCCUCUACCCGAAGGUGGCGGCCAGCGAGGAGCAGGAGUUCGCCGAGGGCUUCGUCAAGGCGCUGGAGGACCUGCACAAGCAGAGCCAGCUGGGCGCGGCCACCGCGGCCACCUCCGGGGCCCCCGCGCCCCCCGCGCCCGGGGACCUGGCGGCCACCCCCGGGGCCACGGAGUCCCCAGUCUACGCCAACCUGAGUAGCUUCGCGGGCGGCGCCGGGCCCCCCGGGGGCGCGGCCACUGUGGCCUUCGCCGCGGAGCCAGUGCCCUUCCCGCCGCCCCCGGGCGCGCUCGGGCCGCCGCCACCUCCGCAUCCACCGCGCCUGGCCGCGCUCAAGGACGAGCCGCAGACCGUGCCGGACGUGCCGAGCUUCGGCGACAGCCCUCCGCUGUCGCCCAUCGAUAUGGACACGCAGGAACGCAUCAAGGCGGAGCGCAAGAGGCUGCGCAACCGCAUCGCCGCCUCCAAGUGCCGCAAGCGCAAGCUGGAGCGCAUCUCGCGCCUGGAGGAGAAAGUCAAGACCCUCAAAAGCCAGAACACGGAGCUGGCGUCCACUGCCAGCCUGCUGCGCGAGCAGGUGGCGCAGCUCAAACAGAAAGUCCUCAGCCACGUCAACAGCGGCUGCCAGCUGCUGCCCCAACACCAGGUCCCCGCGUACUGAGCCCGAGCGCGGGGCGCAUGCGCGGACUCGCAGCGGUGGGGGGGCGCCCCGGACUCCUUCGAGACUCGGCGCCCCCGGACUCGACAAGCCGGACCCCUCUUAACUCCGGGUGGGGACCCCGAGCGCACGACCCCGCCCUCGCGCCGCCUCCUUCCCCCCAGCCC